GGCAAUAUUUUAUUCUUUGUAUUCAGUAGCGUCCUGACCCAACCGAUAGCUUGCCUCCUUCGCUCCACCUUCCUCUUGUUCUUGACCCUGCUACGUACUCUCUUUCUUUCAAGUAUAACUACACCUUCCCACUCUGUUUCACAACCCGCAUAACCACCACCACCACAAGAUAAACCUCUCAAUGUUUGAAGAAAGAUAAAGUUUAGAAUGAAAUUCUCAUUUUGUAAUACUAGCAGUGAACAUGUUAAAUAUACCCUCUUCUCUCUCUGAAGUACGUCUGUCUCGCUCUCUUUCGUCUAGCCAUGUCCAUCGAUGACCCUUGGCCUUUUUCCGAUUAAACCCUCCACCCUCUAAAACAACCAUCUUUAUUUUCUCUCUCUUCUUCUCUGUUUCUCUCUCAUCAACCCAAACCCAUGUCGAGAAAAAUCCUGGGCUUCAAUCUCAAGAAACGGGUCUUCAAGUUUCUCCGGCGAAACCCGCCAUCGGCGGGAUACCGCCGGCUGGACCCACUUCCAACUCGCAAGCCUAAACUCAUAUCCGGACUCUUUAGCUGCGUCAAAAACAAAGCGAAGUCACUCUGUUCCAUGAUACCGGGUCGGAUCACUCGUCCGGGUUAUACCCUUAGGGGUGAAGUCCUGGCUCAAGAGAAGGCGGUGGCGGUGCCCAAGGGUCAGAUGGCUGUGUAUGUGGGUCAGAAAGGAGGCGAAUUUCACAGGGUUUUGGUGCCGGUGAUGUACUUCAACCACCCUUUGUUUGGGGAAUUGUUGAGGGAGGCUGAGGAGGAGUACGGGUUUAACCACCCGGGAGGGAUCACCAUCCCUUGUCGGAUGUCGGAUUUCGAGAGCGUUCAGACCCGGAUCGCCGCGGGUCACGGUAGCCGGAAGUUGCUGACGUGGAAGAAUGCCCACCAAAUUGAAAUUGAUGGUUAAAUGUUUAUGAUGACGAUAGUAAUCACGAUUAAUGAUGAUAAUGAUGUUUAAAAUCACAUAAUUAGAUAGGGCUUAGUCAGUUUUGUCUUCUUUUUUGGGUGUUAAUUUCAUGCGCGGAUUAAUAAAUUUUUGAGUUAUGUAA